CCGCGUAAGAACAAGUCAUGCACAUGUCCAUGGAGACCAAGACCAGCUACGGCUACAGGAGGCCUCAUCCGCAUACUCCACAGCAGCAGAUGCCCAUCAUCAAGCCGGAUGCCUCGGACUCGAGCUGCUUUCACCGCGGCUCCUACAUUGAGCUCUCCAGCGGGGCCAAGCGACGUGUAGAGGACAUACGGACCGAGGACUUUAUACAGUCGGCACUGCGCAGCCAGCUCUUUGAUCUGCGGGAGGCCACCGUGGUGAGGAUCGAUCGUGGAGCUGCCCCCGGUCAGGGAGUGAUCAUUACGUUCAGCUAUGACACACAGCAUGACAAGGUGCAUAUGGAGGUGCUGCCCGGGCAUCCGCUCUUUGUCUAUGGCCAGGGUUGGGCCUCCUGCAAUCCCCAGCUGUCGCUGCAGCUGUACGAGCUCAAGUGCCAGCAGCUGCAGGUGGGCGAUAUUUGUCUGUCGCUUGUCCAGCGCGAGCAGUCAGCUCCACCGGCGUUGCCGGUGCCACCACGUCCGCGGGCCGAGCCACCGCGUCAGCCGGUGGAGUAUAAUCCGCCGGCGGGAGCCAUGCCCCCGCCGUUCGAGCAUCCGUAUCAGGUGUACGCCAAAAUGGCCAACUUUGUGGCCGCCUACACUCAGCACAUGAUUAAUAAGCUACAGGAUUAGCUGGAUUAACUUAAGAAAGAAUAUAAACUAACCAAUAUUAAUGUAUUCUUUGUAUAACCUUUAUGGCGAAUCGUGGAUAUCUACAUGGAUAUCAAUGGAGUUCGUAUUUUAAUGUAGUUUAAGAGCUCUGUACAUUGCUUCCUCUUCUUUUUUUUGUUCAAUAAAAGUUUAAAAAAAGUGCAGGCAACGGAUAUUA